AUGGAUGUGUCGAGAUCGAGGGAUCAGCGCCCCUGCGACAAUUGCCGACGAAGAAAGAUACGCUGCUUGUUUGCCUCCUCUGAAGCGAUCAACUGUGUCUUGUGCGAAUCGCGUUCGACUGUGUGUACCUACGUUCAAAGCGCGCCUCGGAAGAAACGCCCCCUGUCAUCCAACGAUGACACCCCACGGGCAGGUCAGACCGGCAGCCGGCCCAAGCAGCGGUUGAGGCCCGGAUCCAAGGACGACACCGUAGUCAAAGACUAUGCGAGUCUCAAGGGCCAGUCCCUCCUCAAGGAGACCCUGGGCCACCAGAACCGCCAGUCUAGUGCCAUUAUCGGCGCAACAACGGACUUUGACCCUUCUUUGACACACGCCUUGUCAUGGAACGCCAAAGGAGAGUGCCCGUCGUUUCAAGCACAGCACAUUCUCCGUCGGGCGAAUCAAAAUGUCCACUUCGUCAUGAGGCCCGACACGCAGGAUGAAAUGGACGCCGAGCUCACAAACCUCGAUGCGAUUGAAGACUUUGUGUCGCCUCACGGUCCUGAGCUCGUUAACCUGUAUUUCCGCAUCGUCCACCCGAGCUUCCCCAUCCUCCACAAAAAGGUCUUUCUCGAGAAGUACGGUCGCAGCUACCCCUGCGCUCUCCAGCAUGUCGAAACCCGGAUGCUCAUGUGCUCCGAGAGCAAAGUCCUGAAGAUGCUGUUCGAGGUCCACAAGAGGCCCAAGAUUUCCGACCUUCAAGGCGGCCUCGUCCUCAUGCAAUCGCCCAACGUGAGCUCGUGGGCCCUCGCCGGCCACCUCAUCGCCAUGGCCCAGAAUCUUGGCAUGAACUUUGAUUGCAGCGACUGGCAGGUGCCCGACUGGGAACGAGGCGUUCGGAAACGUGUCGCCUGGGCGCUCUUCAUGCAGGACAAAUGGGGGGCAUUGGUGUAUGGCCGUGGAUCCCUGUUGCGGGCUGACGACUGGGACGUCCAGCCGCUCACGGCAUCCGAUUUCCCCGAGACGUCCAAGGACGAUGAUCUCGAAGAAGGGAGCGCCGAGAUUGAGAAGGGCAAGCAGACUUUUCUGCACAUGGUGUCUCUGACGGAAAUUGUUGCUGAUAUUCUUGACCAAUUCUUCACGUUGCGUGCCACGCGAAGACGACAAACGAUCGAGCAAGUCUUGGAGUCGGCGAAACCACUCCAACUGCGGCUCAAGGCGUGGUUGACAUCGCUGCCAACCGACCUCUCGGUCGGUGACACUGUGCCGCGAAAGCUCUCGUCGGUAGGCUAUCUCCAUUUGGCGUAUUACACAGCCGAGAUUACCCUGCAUCGCGCGAUUCUGCGAUCCCACUCCAUGGCGAGUCCGGCUCCGGACCUAUAUGCCAUCACGCGCCUCGCUGCCAGCACGCGAUUCACAUCAGCCCUAGAUUUUGUCAAGCGCCUCAAGGCCGAGCACCUUCAGAGCUUCUGGUACUUUUCUUCGGGCCUCAGUCUCGCCAUCAUUGGGCUCUUUGCGGGCAUUCUGUGCAUGACGAGUCAGGACAGGGAAGGUGCCGAGCGGGAGGCCCUUCUCGGGAAGCUCGCCGAAUUACGCUGGUUUUUGCGCAUCAACAGCCCGAGGGGCGGAGUUUAUGAAAUACAGCAUCGGCCUUUUGGGCGCGAAGGGACCAACUUCAUGGAGCAACAGGUUUCCGCUGCAAGGGGGUCCUUCCCCGGGGGCAAUCGGGCAGGUCAGCCUCGCAGCUUGACCCUGUCGAAUACGGUGAUGGUGACGACGAUUCGCCCUUUACCGACGACCUGUUGCUGUCUCCUAACGAUGGCGACGAGACUUGGCAGCAGCAGCAGCAGCAGCAACAGCAGCAACCGCCGCCGAAUGCUUUUGAGCAGCAUUACUAUGGUUUCGAGGCGUCGGGCCUGGUAG